UCCGGAGCAGAACUUGAAAAAUGUGACAAUAAUAUCUUGAAACGUGGUAUAUAGUUUAAUAAGCGAUGUAGAUGUGCCUUUUGAUACUAGAAAAAUUGACGAAUACCUCUUCAUGUUUCCAUAGAAACAACCUCUCAGUCUCUCAGUGUUUUAGUUCUAUUUCCACUCGUCUCCUCACUGAUUCAGCUCCUCAGCUCUGUUCUCACACUGAAGAGUGAAGAUGAAGCUGCUUAUUUUGGUGACGCUGUUUGGCCUGAGCCUUUCCCAACACGACCCACACACCAAACACGGCCGCACCUCCAUCGUUCACCUGUUCGAAUGGCGCUGGCAGGACAUCGCCGCCGAGUGUGAGAGGUACCUCGCCCCCAAUGGCUACGGAGGAGUUCAGAUUUCUCCUCCGAGUGAGCACAUCGUCCUCACUAGUCCCUGGCAUCCGUGGUGGCAAAGAUAUCAGCCAAUCAGCUACAACCUCUGUUCCAGAUCAGGAACUGAGGCAGAGCUCAAGGACAUGAUCACCAGGUGCAACAAUGUUGGGGUGAACAUCUACGUCGAUGUGGUGAUUAAUCACAUGUGUGGAGCCACAGGUGGAGAAGGGAAACACUCGAGCUGCGGUACGUACUUCAACGCCAACACGAAGGAUUUCCCGUCAGUUCCUUAUUCAGCCUGGGACUUUAACGAUGGGAAAUGCUCCACCGGCAGCGGCGACAUUGAGAACUAUAACGAUAAAUAUCAGGUGAGAGACUGCCGUCUGGUCAGUCUGCUGGACCUGGCGCUGGAGAAGGAUUAUGUCCGUGGGAAAGUGGCUGAGUACAUGAACAAACUGAUUGAUAUGGGCGUGGCAGGCUUCAGAGUGGAUGCCUGUAAACACAUGUGGCCUGGAGAUUUACACAGCGUUUACAGUCAACUCAAAAACCUCAGCACCCGGUGGUUUGCCGCUGGAUCCAGACCCUUCAUCUACCAGGAGGUUAUUGAUCUCGGUGGGGAGGUGAUCACAGCAUCGGAGUAUGAUGGACUGGGCCGAGUGACUGAGUUUAAAUACAGCGCUAAACUGGGAACCGUCAUCCGCAAAUGGAACAAUGAGAAACUGCGCUAUCUGGUUAACUGGGGUGAAGGUUGGGCUUUUAUGCCGUCGGGUAAAGCUGUGGUGUUUGUCGAUAAUCACGAUAACCAGAGGGGCCACGGAGCCGGAGGGAGUUCUGUCCUCACCUUCUGGGAUCCCAGGAUGUAUAAGAUGGCUGUUGGUCUGAUGUUGGCGCAUCCUUACGGCUUCACACGAGUGAUGUCCAGCUACCGCUGGGAUCGCCACUUCGUCAACGGAAAGGAUCAGAACGAUUGGAUCGGACCACCGAGUUACAGCGACGGCAGGACGAAGCCGGUUCCCAUCAACCCGGACACGACGUGUGGAGACGGCUGGGUGUGUGAGCACAGGUGGAGGCAGAUCAGGAACAUGGUGAUCUUCCGUAACGUAGUUAACGGACAGUCACUGGUGAACUGGUGGGACAACGGGAACAACCAGAUUGCGUUCGGUCGCGGGAACCGCGGCUUCAUCGUCAUCAACAAUGACGACUGGGAUCUGGACGCCACACUGAACACCGGUUUGCCCAGCGGCACUUACUGUGAUGUCAUUUCCGGCCAAAAGGAAGGAAACUCCUGUACAGGAAAACAAGUGCAAGUGGGCGGAGACGGGCGCGCUUACUUUAAAAUCAGUAACUGGGAGGAGGAUCCAUUCAUCGCCAUCCAUAUUGAAGCUAAACUGUGAAAAAAGACAAUUAAAAAAAAAAA